AUGGCUUCUGAACCUACCCCUCCAAAAGGGGGCAUCUCACUCUAUGCAAACUUACUUAAUUCAUCUUCGGACACACCUGGAAUCAUAUCUCGUGCUCCUGUUGUCUUCAAACAGUCGGAGACCGAACCCCAACCUGAUGACGCUGCGGCCGCCAAAAAGCAACACCUGAAUCCUGCUUCCCUCCGGUUCCAACCCACCAAGAGACCACAGCUCUCUGCUCAGAAACCCAAACCGAAACAUACUUUCCCCAAAGCAGUACCACAGCUACAGCCCCCAGGUAACCCUUCGGUACCGACGAAGAGCACCUUGGCUGAUUGGACUGCUUUGGAAGAUGACGAUUAUGAGUACGCGCGAGAGAAGCCACAGCGUGGCGGAAGAAAGAAGCGCAAGAAGAACUUUGAGGCACCAGCUGUCCAAAAUUGGGAUGAUAUCUACGACACUUCUCGACCUACCAAUUACCAAGAAUACCGCCACAAUGACGCGGGGAAGGCUGAGAUUGGCGCGUGGGAGGAUGUCUUGUAUGGGCACGUCAGAAAGCGCUCACCGAGCAGAUAUUCCGAGAGCGAGGAUUAUGAUGAGCCAAACAUGCGUAUGUUCGGGUCUUUUGCGAUUAGUGACGACGCCCAGACUAAAAAGAAACUAGGACAAUUUGUGCCUCCAAGAAACUUUGCGCCGCCGACUAAUCUUAAUGAUGUGCCACCAGCAGCUUCUAUCCCCAAUGACCCAUCUGGUGACGAUGCAUUUGCUCGCCGCGCAGCAUUAGGACAAGUCAUACCUCCCCAGCCAUCACGCCCCCUUGAUGCCUUCCAACCUAGCUCCGCAACCAUCUCCCGCGCCCCAGUCCGAUACACUCUACCUCCACCCCCAGAAGACAUCCCAGCCUCCGAAGCCGAACUUGAAGCCUUAUUGGCGCAAGAGCACCCGACAGAUGAGGAAGAACCGGAUGAGUCCGCGCCACGAUCACUUCGUCCCGGCCAACCGAAUUUCGGGGAACGAAUGCUUUCCAAGUGGGGCUGGAACAAGGGAUCCGGCCUCGGCGCUACUGGUUCUGGUAUGGUGAAGCCGCUGCAAGUCAAGCUUGAGAAGCGAAAGAAGCGACCAGACUCCGAGGGUGGGGGCUUUGUCACGCCUGCUGGACGAGGUAAAAUCAUCGGAAGCCAGAAGAAGGGUGAAUAUGACACCAGCAAGUUCGGUCCUAUGAGCGAAGUGGUCAAACUACUUGGCAUGUUAGAUGGCAUGGACCUGGAUGCCGAGAUGGAAGGGAGUCAAAAUGGUGGUUUGAUGCAGGAGAUUGGACAGGAGUGUAGUGACAAGUAUGGAGACGUGGAGCGAGUCUUUAUCGCUCGCGACGUCGGAACCCCAGUCCCUGUCUUUGUCAAAUUCAAGCACCCCUUGUCUGGUCUACGGGCCGUGAAUGCGCUCGAAGGCCGGAUUUUCAACGGUAACACAAUCACUGCGCGAUUUUUCGAUCUUGAGAAGUUCGAUCGGGGGAUUUACACGGACUAA